AGGCACAGCCAUCUGCCCACCGCGGCCAGCGACCGACCCCGACCAUUAAAAAAAAACCCGCUCGCUCCCCGAGCUACCGGAGGUCGGCGGCGACACCUGAAAUUUGAGCAGGAAAACGGGUUCCUUCUGUCUCGGGCUAAGAUUACACAGGCAGGGGUGACUCGGUAGGAGCAGCAGCAGCAGCCGUGAAACGAGCUAUGAAGUCUUUCACUCCAUUUUUCGUACUCCUGUGGAGUGCUAUUGGACUAGCAAAGGCUGCCAAAAUCGUCGUUGUGCCGCCAAUUAUGUUUGAAAGCCAUAUGUACAUUUUCAAGACCUUGGCCUCAGCCUUGCACGAGAGAGGCCACCAGACAGUGUUUCUCCUGUCCGAAGGCAGAGACAUCAUGCCAUCUAAUCAUUACAGACUCCAGCGCUACCCAGGGAUAUUUAACAGCACCACCUCAGAUGCUUUUCUACAGUCCAAAAUGCGGAAUAUUUUCUCUGGGAAACUUACGGUAAUAGAACUGUUCGACAUACUGGACCACUAUUCUAAGAACUGUGAGAAGAUGGUUGGCAAUAGUGCUUUGAUUCAGGACCUGAAAAAAGAAAAAUUUGAUUUGCUGCUGGUGGACCCUAAUGAGAUGUGUGGAUUUGUUAUAGCUCAUCUUUUAGGGGUGAAGUAUGCAGUAUUCUCCACAGGUCUUUGGUAUCCUGCUGAAGUGGGGGCUCCCAUGCCAUUAUCUUAUGUUCCGGAGUUUAACUCGCUUCUCACAGAUGAUAUGAACUUUCUGGAGAGAAUGAAAAACACCGGCGUUUACCUCAUUUCCAGAUUAGGAAUCAACUUUCUGGUUCUUCCAAAAUAUGAAAGGAUAAUGCAAAAGUACAACCUGCUUCCAGUGAAAUCCAUGUAUGAUUUGGUUCAGGAGACCAGCCUGUGGAUGCUGUGUACAGAUGUGGCACUGGAGUUCCCAAGACCCACUCUACCUAAUGUUGUUUACGUGGGAGGAAUCCUAACCAAACCAGCCAGCCCACUACCAGAAGAUCUCCAAAGAUGGGUAAGUGAUGCUAAUGAACACGGUUUUGUCCUGGUGUCUUUUGGAGCUGGUGUAAAGUAUUUAUCAGAAGAGAUCACCCACAAACUGGCAGGAACCUUGUCAAGGUUGCCACAAAAGGUGAUUUGGAGGUUUUCUGGACUCAAACCAAAGAAUCUCGGGAAUAAUACAAAACUCAUAGAAUGGCUACCCCAGAAUGACCUGCUUGGACACUCAAAUAUUAAAGCCUUUCUUAGCCAUGGUGGCUUGAACAGCAUUUUUGAAACUAUGUAUCAUGGAGUUCCUGUGGUGGGUAUUCCUCUCUUUGGAGACCAUUAUGAUACAAUGAUACGAGUCCAGGCAAAAGGCAUGGGGAUAUUGCUGGAAUGGAAGUCAAUGACUGAACAGGACUUAUACGAAGCCUUGGUUAAAGUUAUUAAUGAUCCCAGCUACCGUGCACGUGCCCAGAAGUUAUCAGAAAUUCACAAGGAUCAGCCUAGUCACCCUGUCAAUCGAACUGUCUAUUGGAUUGAUUACAUUCUCCGUCAUAACGGAGCAAACCACCUACAGGCCGCUGUUCACCGCAUCUCUUUCUAUCAAUAUUUUUUACUGGAUAUCGUCUUUGUGCUGUCACUGGGUGCUGCCUUGCUUUACUUCGUUUUGACAAGGAUGGUCAAAUUCACCUACAAACAAAGCACACAUCUCUGGUCUAAAAAUGAGCAUAGCACUGUUAAUGGACAUUACCACAAUGGAAUCCCCAAUGGCAAGUAUAAAAGGAAUGGCCACAUUAAGCAUGAGAAGAAAGUGAAAUGAGCCAACCCACCUACACUAUCUUGAGGAAUCAGUUCGGUAGUUGAAUUUUUAUCACUGUAACUUAGUCUAACACUUACUUAAAGGAAAACCUCAGUAAACAAUUCUAAUACUCCCCUAUGUAAUCUUACAGGAUGAAAUUCUACGGAACUAAGAUGUCUUAAAAAAAAAAAGCACAAACCUAAAAUGCAAAAAUGUAUUUUAUUCUUAAUACUGAUGCAGAGAGGUUAUUUUGGCAUUGAAAUUUUUAGCAGCCUUAAUUCUUUGAAUCAAUUGAAUGACCCUAACAGUUUUUAGUUUUAUGUGUAUGACCCAGGUGAGAAACUUUUUGUCCUCAAAAAAGUUUUUUUAGUUUAGUUUUGUUUUUUUAAUGCUUGUCUCUUAAUUGAGAGAAUUUAAGCUAGCUACAUAUUAAAUUUGUUGAAGUCACAACAGUUCUAAGAAUGAGAUUGAGAAUAAGGCCAUGAUCCCAAAACGUUUGGCACCCAGAAAUUUAACAGGUUGUAGACUCAGAAUAUUACUAUGAAAGAAUGUUUCCUCCCUAAACUGAGCACUGAAGGAGAAAAUGAUCUUUUUACUGUAUAUAAACUCUUUUGGUCUCUGCUAUUGAAAACAUGAAAUUAAGUAAGGGUACAAAUGAUUGUCACUUAAGAGAUGUACACAUAUUUUUGUUUUCUUGUGUUUUCCAUUUACCAAUAACUUUCCUCUGGACAAAUUUUAUGAGAUUUUUUUAAAAAAAUAAUUUAAACAAAGAGCACAGAUGUGUUGUAGAUAAUAAUUAAGAAGAAAUGAAGCUCUGACAACAACGUCCUUGCAGAAGGUUUGACCUUAUACACAUAACAUUGUGAAAGGGUCUCUCUCUCUCUCUCUCUCUCUCUCUCUCUUUCACUCUCUCUCUCUCUCUCUCUCU